UCGCCCCAUGUAUUGCGUAUCGAGUCGUUCGUCCGCUUUGGAUUAUCGAAUCGCGUAUUAUUUGUGUUUAAUAUUUCGCCCGGCACAUACAUUUGACGAAUGCACGUGAUUUGAAUUCAAAGGUUGUGCGGACCGUUUUAAUUUCGCUCGAUUUGUGCGUCAACACCGGACCCGUGGGUUAUCCAUUAUUAUCGAGGUGAUGAUUCCGAUGGUUCUCUAAAAAAAAAUAAAAAUAAAAGGAAACAAUGGCAACCUGGUACUAUUGGCAUAACUUUGGAAUCCAUUACUUGAUGUUCACUAUUACAUCGAUAAAAAUGUUUUUAGAUGCUAAAUCGAUAGUACCUGCUGAAAUCAACAAGGAUGAAGUUAGUCCAUACUGGUCUUUCAACGAGACUGCUGAUAUCUCCAAAUACGAAGAUUUCGACCAUAAGAAAUUCCUAGAACACGAACUCCAUCUUGACGUGUCCGACCCGGCGACCGCCAUCGAAGCUCAGCCACCGGUCAAGCUGCGUACGACAACCGUAGCGCCGUCCACGCCAACUCCCGAGCCUAUCAUUCACGUGGGCACGACUAACACUACGGUUCAGCUGGGCAGCACAGCGUUGCUUCACUGCGAAUUAGCCAACUUGACCGAGAAAAUGGUCUCUUGGGUACGACGAAGAGAUUGGCACAUUUUGAGCUCUGGAGUGUUGACAUACAUAAACGAUGGCCGAUUUCGAGUAUUUCAUUCAGAGAAAAGCGAUGACUGGGAUUUAAGAAUAUCACCAGUUGCAAAGAUAGACAACGGCACUUACGAAUGUCAGGUGGGUACUGGCACUGGGAUUAUGACGCAUUAUUUCAACUUAUUCGUGAUCGUACCCACGGCUGUGAUAUCGGGUAACGACGAGUACCACAUAGGUGAAGGAAGUUCAAUCACAUUGUGUUGUACAAUCGAAAACAGCCCGGUGCCACCACAAUACGUUUUAUGGUAUCAUAAUGGUAAAAUGAUAUCAUCCAGUAAUUUUAAUAAAAACGGAUUGAACACUGAUCGCCUGUCCAUCAGCACGGACCAAGUUGAUCGUAAAAUCCAGAGCCGCCUGACAAUCACAAAAGUAAUUCAAAUCGAUACGGGAAAUUAUACUUGUCAGCCUCCGAAUACUGACCCCGACUCGACUUACAUUCACAUCACGCCAGAGUUUGACAAUACAGCUGCAAUUCAACGACACAAAAGCUCAAAUUCUAGUCUGUUAACGAUUCAGUUGUCAUUUUUUUCAUUGACAUCGAUUCUCCUUAUUGGACACAACGGAUAUCGAUGGGUAUAUUUAUAAAUACAUCUAUAUUUAUUUUUCAUUAAAUUGAGUUAUUCAAAUUUAAUCGAUGUAAU